AGCGUCGCGUUCAACCAGUGUUGGGUUUAGAAGGGUCUCUCUCCAGCGGGGUGACAAGUCCGACCACAGGAGCCACCGAGGGGAAGUACCUGAACGACCAGAAGAAGAAAAAAAACUGCCAAAUCCCCAAAGCGACACUUUUCUUCUUCGUUCCACCGGUGGACCCGUAACUCUCCCUGGGGGGGGGGGGCGCUCGGAUUAACUCGCAGCCGUUCUUCCUUUUUUUUUUUUUUUUCUCCUCCAGUUUUUCUAAUUUCGCCUUUUCCUUCGGAAGACUCGCCCAGACCGCGUCGAAGACAAUGGGAUCCAAGGUGUCCAGGAGAGACGGGGCCGCGGAGGCGGGCGCCGCCGGGGGGGCCGCAGCUGUCAAAACCAACGGACAGGAGAAUGGACAUGUGAAAACCAACGGGGAUGUCUCCACAAAGCCCGACGGGGAUGCUGCCGCCACCAAUGGCUCGGCCGAUGCCGCCAAGGAGCCCGAGGCCAGCGCCGCCGGGGACGCCAUCGAGCCGGCGCCCGCCGCGGACGGAGAGGCGGCCAAACCCGAAGGCGAGGCCGCGGCCAAGGAGACCCCCAAAAAGAAGAAGAAGAAGUUCGCCCUGAAGAAGUCCUUCAACUUCAAACUCAACCUGAAGAAGACCAAGAAGAGCGAGGCCGUUAAGGAGGAAGCGCCGGCCGCCGACGCCGCAGCCACCCCGGACGCCGCCACUGCCGCCACCCCCUCCGAGGAGAAGCCCGCCGAGAACGGAGCUGCUGCUCCGGCGGAGGAGAAGAAGGAAGAAAAGAAGGAGGAGGUGAAGGAGGAGGCCGCCCCUGCCGCCGCCGCCGCCGCUGCUGCUGCUGCGGCACCCGAGGCCCCGAAGGCGGAGGAGGGGCCGGCUAAAGAGGAGGCCCCCAAGGAGGAGGCCAAGGAGGCAGCUGCCGCGGCCCCCGAGGCCACGAAACCGACGGAGGAGAGCAGCUCGACCCCGGCCCCCUCUGAAAAGAAAGAGUGAUUGUACCUGAAGCUCACAAUGAACUGGGUGAACCUUUUUUUCGAGAGAGAGAGAGAGAGAGAGAGAGAGAGAGAAAGAGAGAGAAUUUAAUAGCAUAUAUAUAUUUAUAUAUAUAUGUGUAUAUGUAUAUGUAUACAUAUGUAUAUGGAUAUAUGUAUAUGUAAAUAUAUACACAUGUAUGUGAGAGACUCCUUCGACGUGCCACUUGUUGUCGUGACAACCAGACGACAGACUAGAUUCACUAGAUCACUUCCCCGGGUCACUGCUCCGCACCCGGACCCGGACUAAGUGGGCCGGGCGCCGGGCGCCAAAUUGGAAUUUAAGAAAAAAUGGGUAGAACGCGAGCUGAUGACACCACGAAGCAAAGCCGGAUGAAGAAUGGAUGGAGUCAAAGCAUCUAUACACACCCCCCCCCCCCCCCCCCCUACCUCCCCUGACCCGAAAAGAAGAAUUGUGCAAAUGAAGAUGCCUCCUCGCUGAAGGAAAGAAGCUAGAUCCUAGGACACCACCACCACUUGAAAUGACUGUUGAUAGAGCAAAAGAAAAAAAAAAUGAAAUCAGAAAAUGAAGAGACUCGCCAACUUUUUACAUUCCUAUAUUUUAACCCAAAUUUGAAGUAUUUUGUGGUGUAUUAUAGAGCAGCAUCUUAAAGAUUCAGAGAAGCUAUUACUUGUUUGUUUAAAGAAAAAAAAAAAAUAGACGACAACUUUGAUUUUUACCUUACUAUGAAAAAAAAAAAAAAAAAGAACACUUAAGCUUGCUAUGUUCACUGUUGCGGUUUGAUAUGAAGCAGAGUUGUUUACCUGUCGUAUGUGAGCCUGAAUCUGCUUUGUCUCUGUAAAUACAUUGGAUUGAUUUCUGUUCUUUAUUUUGCUAAUGUCGACAGAUGUUUCUGGUUUUAUUGUAAAGUUGAUAAUGGUAAAUAAAUGUUGGUUACCGGC